AAAAAAAACUUCCAGAAACAUUGACACUUUUUUUUACUUAUAGUCAUCUAUCAUUUACCGUACCCAAAAAUUUUAAACACAGUGCGUAUUCGAGAGUGUUUCAGAGCUGCUCACACAAGAUUAAGAAAUCCCUGUACAUGCCCCAACCCUUUCAGGUUUCAUGGUAGGUGUGCAAUAUAGUAAAUUUCCAGAAAUGUCAGUUUUCACGUUUGUUUCAAUUUGUCUUUCAGAGAGAUCUGCAGCCAGAAUUUAAUGUGCAGUUUCAUCUAUUGGGCAAAAGCCUGACAGUACAAAACACACUAUUCUGAUCCUCCAGGUGAAAUAGUUCAUGUUUCCAGUGCAGACUGCAGAAGCUGAUACUUCUUGUCCUAGUCCUCUCUCCAUGUGACACACACAACAAUUCAGGAGAGAAAAAUGGAAAUAAGUGCAGAAGAAGAAUAUGGAAAUGGCACAUUUGCAUAUUAUGAUGAUUAUAUUGAAAUAUGUAAUCGCGAGGCUGUGAUCAAAUUUGGAUCCAUUGUAGUUCCCACAGUCUUCACCAUUGUGGUCCUCCUCAGUCUCAUCGGAAACAUACUGGUUCUGGUGGUGUUUGGACUGAAUUUGGAUGAAAACGACAGGUCACUGAACAAAAUCUUCAUCCUCAACUUGGCUCUGUCUGACCUGAUCUUCACUCUCGGACUUCCAUUUUGGGCCUGUUAUCACAUUUGGGGCUGGACGUUUGGUGAUUUUAUGUGUAAAAGUGUGAACUUUGUCUUCUCUGCUGGAUUUUAUAGCAGCAUUGUGUUCCUGAUGCUGAUGACCAUUCAGCGCUAUGUAGCAAUCAUCCAUCCUCUGUCCUAUCGAACGAGAUAUCGGCACUGUUCAGUUAUUCCUUUAUUAUUCAUUGCUUGGGUGGUGAGCAUUGUAGCAGCUGUGCCAGACUUACUGUACUAUGAAGUCAUACCUGACCCAGACUCUGACAAACAGUACUGUGAGUAUAACAGCACUUUUGCUAUCUUUGAUGUUACACACGAGCAGAACAUUUUUUUUGUGGUUGCCUUUUUUGUCAUGUUUUGUUGCUAUGCAAGAAUUUUUCGAGCCAUCCUCAAAUCUCUUGCUGCCAACGCACACAAGGCUAAAAGACUCAUCCUCUGUAUUGUGUCUGUGUUUUUUGUGUGCUGGGCUCCUUAUAACAUUGUAAUAUUUCUGCGCUCCUCAACUUAUCGUCAGAUCAAAACUUUUUCUGAAUGUGACGUGUCCACUCGUCUUGACUAUGCGUUCUAUGUCUGCAGAUUGCUCGCUUUUUCCCACUGCUGUCUUAAUCCAGUGAUUUAUUGUUUUGUUCAUAAAAUAUUCUGGGAUAAUUUGAGGACACUUCUAAAGAAACUGUUUCGAUGCUAAAUCACCAUAGACUUCCAUUAUAUGAGAAUGGUAGAAAUUCAUUCUGCCUGUUUUAUGUGGGCCAAAAGUUGACCUAAUUCACUCCCAUUAAAACAAGAAUAAUUUGGAACGACCUACAGAAACAUUAGAAAUUGCAGCAGUUCAUCUCUCUGACUGACUUUAAGUUUACUUUUAGAACUGUGUCAUCGUGUUUGCUCUUGUUAUAAAAUGACAGAGUGAGGCCCAUAUCCUACAUUUUUCUUGUAUUGUUUUCUGACUGAAGUAGACUCACAACAUUUGUGUGGUUUUCUGUAUGAAAAACACUAAUAGUAAUGAUUACAUGACCAUUUUCCAACAUCUCUAAAUCCAAUAGAAUCAA